GAGAUUUGAAACGCACUAAAGAUGGCAGCUUAGAUGGACAAUGUGAUCUUGAAUUUGGUUAUAAAAAUGAAGGAAGUAAAAGUGCAUUGCGAAUUGACAAUGCGAAAGUUAAAGUGAUGGAAAGUCUUGAUGAAGAUGGUAGUAAUCUAAAGAAGCUAAACAUGUCAUGUGUUGUUGGUGAAAAUGAAAUUCAAAGGUUUAAUAGUAGCCCGAUA